UAAACGAAGAUAAGAAGACAAAUGGGCUGACUUUUCCAAGUAACGGAGUCCCAUUAUUUUGAGAAGACAUAAAGAGUAAUUUUCAUCCAUUAUUUUCUGAUUUGGCUACAUAAACACAAAGCCUUCAUACUUGUUCCUGCCCUAGUUUUAGUGGUCCUCAAAUUUCAAACAGGAGGCAAGAGCAAAGGAAAAUCCAUGGAAAUGCCGAGGCUGGAAGAGAUUGAUAGUGAAAGGAAGGCAUGCAACAGACCGAAUCAGUGAUUUGCCCGAUCCCAUUCUUCUUCACAUCCUCUCUAUGGUGCCGGAAGGAAAACAAGUUGUGCGAACCAGCGUACUGGCUAAACGAUGGAGGUUUCUUUGGAUGUCCGUUCCAAUUUCAAUCGAUUUCACCUUUCCCGAUACUGUAAAUCAAACCCUCACUCUUGAUUACCUGUUCCACCCUUACAGAACUUCAUUACUGGAAGUCUUGCCACAAAAUCCCCAAAUUCACUAUAUGGCGAUUUAUGUACGAACACCAUUAUGCUAAACAUGUUGAUUUAUGGGUAAAUUUCGCUAGCAAAGCUGCUAAGGUGGAAGAAUUUACGCUUGCACUUUUAUCUAUUAAUGACCAAACAUAUGACUUCCCUUAGUAUGCAUUUAAGAAUUCGUUGAUCAAGGAUUUGGAAUUGAGGAAUUGCCAACUCAACCCUCGUGCCACUGUUAAUUGGACUAGUCUCAGUUCUCUUAAGAUUGGGUUCAUCAAUUUGACAGAUGAUGCUAUGGAAAAGCUGUUAUCUGGGUCCCCUAACUUGAAAAGUUUGGAACUAGAAAAAUUUUCGGCCCUACAGCGUCUUGAAAUCACUUCUGUCAAGCUGACACAAUUGAGGAUAGAAAAUUACCAAAAUGACAAUCAUGAGAUUUGUCUUGAACUAGUAGCCCCCCAUGUUCAGCAUUUAGAAGUUUUGGGAUUGUGCAGUGAGAUACGUAUCGGCCAGAGAAAUGUGCCUUCAGUUGUAACUGCAAUUGUUAGUUUAAAUUUUUUAUUUUGAGACUGAAGAACAAAACAUGGAGAAGGAGUUUAGCUGUUUGAAGGAACUUCUUCAUAGUGUUGCCCAUGUCGAGAAUCUUGCAUUGGGUACCUGGUGCACCGAGUGCCUGCCCAUCCUAGAGUUGAAAGGGUGGCGGUCUCCACCAUCAAGCCGGAAAUUCUUAGAACUGAACAUAGCCGUAAUACAAUUGGACUUCCCUGGAAUUUACAGCUUUCUACAGAGUUCAUCAGAUCUCGAGACAUUGGUCAUUGGUUGUUAUUACAAUCAUGAUGAAAGAAUUUUUCAGCUACUUCAGUAACUAAAUCUGCCGGUUUUGAAAUAGUAUGACGUCCCUGUUUCUGGUGCAUCUGUCUAGCACUUGAACUUGCAGUUUCUUUUGAACUCAACACUCCAUCUUUCAAGAUUUCAGGCGAUUGCCCAAGUGACAAGUUCAUUCCCUUGAAUAUUGUCUUGUAAUAUCUCGUUGUUCCCAGCAGCCUUCUUUAACACUUGAUUGCCUAAAAUCUGUACCUCAGCUUUGGUGCCAUGAAUGGUCGUACCAACUUCAGAACCUGUAGCAUCUGAUUUCUCACCCAAAUGACGAACGCACACUCUGUGCAGCUUGUCUUUCAUUAAUAAUUUCCCUAGCAUAUUAUCCUCUUUAAUUAUUCCCCCACUGGUUUGACAUUGUUUAAUCUGCAUACUUCAUGUCUGUGACUUUGAUGUUUGCAUGUAUGACAAUAAGGUAAAUAAUCAUAAGUAAUAUUUUGGUACACUAUCAGUUCAUUCGACUUUGGCUCUAAUGAGCAAUCUCACACGUUCAGGCAAAGAAGCCAGUAAGUUGACUUCAACUUUAACUCUUGCUGUGCUUGGCCUUCUUUCAUCUGUGGUAGCUCUAUCAACAACCAAAGGUCUGCCCAUUGCUGAUGCUAACGAGUAUAAUGCCUCUCGAACGAAAAAUUGCACCAGUAAAUUCUGAAACGAUAUCCAAGUCAAAGCAAUGGAUGAUUCUUCUUUGCGAGUAAACCAAGGGAUCCUACGAAAAAUUCUAAAUUGAUAGUCUUCCUCCUUGGAUUUCUCCUUAACAUCAAUUGAUGAAAUAGCUGGACGAAUAGACAGCAGCAAAAUCCUCAUGUCCCGUCAGUCGAAUUAAAAUAUGCCGUAAAUCUAAUGAAAAUGUUGCAUGCCCCUUUAAUCCUUAGUUGUAUUGGAAAAUACUUUCUCAACUCUGUCAUUGCAAAUUUUCCUCUUGAAUAUCAGAUGAUUCGAAAACUGUAGUAGGUUACCCAUUGAUUAUCAAAAAUGUUGCACAGACCCUCUAGCUUCUCUUGCUAGUGAGUUAAAGCUGAAUAUGUGUAUAUCUGCAGAGUUCAUAUCAGUAUAAUUUUUAUGUUAUUGAUGAUUUGAUAAUAAUCUGGCCAACUCCAAUUACUCACUCUCUAAUUGAAGGACUCAUUCAUGUUACAAACUACUGAAGGAUGCAUCACAUAAGGGGAAAAAUGACAAGAUGUUCUAUAAUCAAUAUUUAUGGCUGGUGUACUGAUGAGAAUGAAAUUAUCAAAUGUUUUGUAAAAAAAAAUGCCUGUAAUUAGCUUUUAUUUUAUUAAAUAAAGCAUUAUGCUUUAAUUAUGAGGAAUUGCUAUGUAUGUAAUCGUUGAAAACUUAUGUGUAUAGCCCUUUAUAUGUGAUCACACUUAACUUGUGCAGGAUUAAUGGUCUUUUUGAAAAUCAUAUGAGAAGCUUAAAUGGGGAAAAGUAUCAAUGUAGUAUUAAUUGUUAGGAAAGGUAAAUGUAUAUUUGCUCGUGUGUGUUUUUAUGGGUAGGGCCAAAUUUCUUACAUGCUUAAUAUACACUUCUUUACACUGUUGAUUUGGAGGUUACAUGUAACCGUGUUCUUUUAAAUAGUGUGAAAGAAU